AUUUACACAUUGUCAUUCCACGUAUAGUUAUUUCUGAUUUGUUAUGACCUUGUAUAUUGACUUUUUGCUUGAAUUGAUAUCAAGAACUUUUUGUUGAUCUAGGUUUUUUUACACAAUUAUGUAUAGAACAUAUUUGAAGCAUUGCCAGUAAAAGAUUCAUUAUUUCUUGUUAAGAAGAACAAAGUGAUUACUUGUCAAUAUUAAGAAAAACAAUUAUAAAAUGGCACAAAGUGCUUCUUUAUUAACUCGAAUAGUGGCCUCUUCUGUAACUGCUACAGUAAGAGCAGGUAAAAUUAUACGAGAUAUUAUGGCUUAUGGAAAUCUACAUAUAAUAGAGAAAGGCAACAAUGAUUUACAAACUGAAGCUGAUCGUUGUGCUCAAAUGUGUAUUAUUGCUUCAUUAAGCCAACAAUUUCCAAACGUUACCAUUAUUGGUGAAGAAGGACCAUUAAACUAUGAAAUACCAUCUGAUUGGAUUGUGACAGAUGCAGAUCAAGAAGUAUUAGAAUUACAGUUACCAACUCGCCUGAUAAAUAUUGAUCCUAAAGAUGUGUGCAUUUGGGUAGACCCAUUAGAUGGAACAUCAGAGUAUGCAAAAGGCCUUGUAGAACAUGUUACAGUAUUGGUAGGAGUGGCAAUUGGACAUAGGGCAAUUGGAGGUGUAAUUCAUCAGCCAUAUUACAGAAAUAUAGAGAAUGGAACACUGGGACGUACUCUUUGGGGUAUUAAUGGCGUAGGGUUUGGUGGAUUUGCACUAAUUCCUCCAAUGGCUGAAAGAAGAAUAAUUACAACUACAUGUUCACAUUCUGAUAGCAAUGUUGAAGCAGCUAUAAAUGCUUUAUGUCCUGAUGAAGUGAUACGAGUUGGUGGUGCAGGAUAUAAGGUAAUACUUUUAUUGGAAGGAAGGGCUCAUGCUUAUGUAUUUGCUAGCAAAGGUUCCAAAAAAUGGGAUACUUGCGCUCCUGAGGCUGUUCUUUACGCAGUUGGUGGCAAAUUAACCGAUUUUUACGGACAGCGGUAUUCUUAUAAUGCAGAAACAACAUAUUCGAAUGAAAGAGGUGUAUUAGCUACUGGUCCUGUUCGUAGUCAUCAAUGGUAUUUAGAUCACAUACCAUACGAAAUAAAGCAAAAGUUUCAAGAGUAAUGUAUAUAACUUUAUAGAAAAUGUUUUCUUAUAUAUUUAAAUAUGAUAUCAAUAAUAUGACUAGAGUAGAGAAAAUUUUCAGCUUUUCUUUUGCAUUUCGAAUUUUUUAUAAUUUACUAAGAAGUUAAUUAAAAAUAUAAUUUAUAAAAAAUAUGUUCUAAUAAAAGUUCACAAAUGCUGUUUCAUAAAAUAUUUAUACUUAUAAUCUUCUUUAGAAUGAAUGUAAAUGAAAAGAAAGAUAGAUUCCAAUUAGUAAUGCUACAUCUUUCUUGUUAAUUUUUCAUAAUUUUGAUUUAAGUGUGUCGCGUAAUACACGGCGUAGAAUUUUUCCCGAUGCGGUCCGUGGAAUAUUUUCAACAAAUUUAACACCACCUCGAAGUUGUUUAUGCCUUGAUACGCGUUCUGAAAUAUAUCAUUUAUUAAUUCGAUGUAUACAAGUUAAUUAAAUAAUUAAUGGAUUAACUAAAGAA